AUGGCCAUCUACAGUGCCGUCCCACCUCCCGACCAGCAGCUCUCGUCGCCGAUUGCUGCGUCGGCUCUCCCGGUCCAGUCGCCUCCCACGCCCGUGAGAAAGUCGGCCAUCGACAUUGAUGCCUGGACCAUCUCGGCCCUUCAAUCUCUCAGCGUGUCCCCCGUCGCUCGCGGCACCGGCAGCCCGCUCUCCAUUCCCAUCGACCAAGCCCCCAAGGUUAAGAGCGAUCGCAAAGUUGUCAUUGAUCAGGAGGGUAUUGAGCCGACUGAGACUCCCAGGCGGCCGCCGUCUAGGAGGGACAGCCAGCGCAGGCGUGAUUUGAUCCUCAAGGGCAAGGAGGGGAGUCGCCAGCGCCGACGAUGGGAGAAUGACCGCUUGAUGCACGUCCCGAACGUCCAGCCCCCCCUGCCCUCCGACUACGAGGUCCAUCCUACACACCCCAUCCACCGUGUACCCUACCAGCUCGCUCAGUUCUGGGACCACGGCAUCCGCCAGCGCGUCGAGGACAAGACUAUCCGUCUCCAAGUCACGCGCAAGAAGCAGCAACUCAAGACUGGUAGUGCUACGGGACUCGGUGUUGGUGAGGUGCCUCGUGAUUUGCGCGAGGCAACCAAGCGGAGUCCCGUUGUGCGAACCUGGGUCCGCGCAUUGGAGGAGCCUGUGAGGCAGUAUAUCUGCGCCCAGCAGGUUGAGGAUGUGGAUAUUGACAGUGCUGCCGAGGAGAUGGACUCGGAGGAUGAGGAGAUCGUGUUUGUGGGCAGGAACGGUGCCAUGAGGGAGUUGAGGGAGAAGAAGGCCACAUGGAAACAUGCCCAUCGAGAGGUCUCGCAGGAGACAGUCGAUUCAGGAAUGGUGUUUGACUCGUUUGGCACCGACGAGAGCGCCGCCUUCAAGCGCUGGCUCACACACUCCAUCUCCGACUACUAUGGCCUGGCAUCACGAUCCGUCACACUGACGAAUCCCUCGCGCCGCGUCGUCUAUGUCGGCCUCAAGUCAACGCAUGGCACACUUCCAACGCGGACGCUACCUCGCCCCAUGUGGGAGGUGUGUUAA